AUGCCACUUAAAAAAGAUCGUUCAAGGAGAAACCUUGAUCAAAACAGAUCGGAAAUAUGCGAAGCUGAUAUAUCAAGACAUAAUGGCGGUUAUCGCCACUCGUCGUCAUUAAUGGAGAUUAUUGUGUCAGUAGUAAGGUGUAGAGAUGUUUUAGAAAGGGAAACAUCAUCACCUGUAGCAAUAAAGACUACAAGUCGAAGCAUUAUAACCGACAAUGGAAAAAUUUAUAAUUUCGACAAAGUAUUUGACAAGGCCGCGAAUCAAGAAAUUCUUUAUAAAAUAUUUUCAAAAUUAAUUUUAUUAUUAAAUCAUAGCACCAAAAAAAGAUCGCAUAAGAAGACAAAUAGAUCAAGACAGAAUGGCGAUAUUUUAGAAAGGGAAACAUCAUCACCUGUAGCAAUAAAGACUACAAAUCGAAGCAUUAUAACCGACAAUGGAAAAAUUUAUAAUUUCGACAAAGUGUUCGACAAGGCCACAACCCAAGAAAAUUUGUUUGAUUCUGCUUUAUUGUAUGUCCGAUUAUAA